AUGAAUCACUUCUAAUCUUUUGAAAACAGCAAUUUACCAGAAAUCAAUCCUUUGGCUCUUGAUAAAAAUCAAUCUAGAGUAUUAAAAACAAACAAUUCUUCAAGAAGAGCUUGGUCUUAAAAGGAGGACAAUUAACUAAGGUAUGCUAUAAAAUUGUAUGGCACUAAUUGGUUGACUGUUGCAUCAGCUUUAUAAAAUAGAAAUCCUUCUCAAUGUGCUUAAAGAUGGAAAAGGAUAAAGCCAAUAAAUGUAAAAUAUUUUUUUUAACAUUAGGAGUAAAGUAAAAGAUAAAUAUGGACAAAAAAAGAGGAUUAGUUAUUAAUGCACUUUGUAUAAAUCUAUUAACAUAAUUGGGUUGAAAUAGCAAGAAAUAUACCCAAUAGAACAAGUAAAUAAGUAAGAGAAAGAUUUGUGAACAAGUUAAACCCUGAAAUCAAUCAAGAGCCAUUCACAGAAGCUGAAGAUUAACUUAUUAUUGAAGGGUUUAAGAGUUUCGGGUCGAAAUGGUGCAAAAUCUCAAAGAUGCUCUAAGGUAGACCGGUAUUAUAAUUAUUUAUAUUUCAAGGAAAAUAUCAUUAAAAAUCGGUUUUAUUCAUAUCUUCGUAAGCAUUAUUUGAAAAUUGAUAAUCCAUACUAUGUUAUUCCAUAACUAAAUUAAGAAUUAUCUAAUUCGUUUUAUUAGGAAAAUGAGCAAAAUAAAGUCAAAAAAAUUUAGAAACAAAAGAAAGUAAUAAAUUAAUUUUAUUUUUAGUUUUCAAAAUUAACUAAUUCUAAGAUUAUCAAAAAAUAAUAAUAAUAAAAUUAAACAUCCUAAUUUGAAUCUAUAUUCGAUGAGCAAAAUAAAAUAUAAGAAUAAAUACUUUAAGAACACCCAAAUAAUGAAAAAAAAUAUGAAGAAUAAUAAAUAAGAAUAGAAAAUUAAUAAGAAUCCUAAAAUCAGGUUAAAGCUGAAGAACAAUAAGAAGAUUAAUAUUAGGCUAAACUUCAGAAAGAAAAAUUAGAAUAUUUCUCGUCUAAUUUUUAACCAAGUUCUUUUACUUAAAUUAAUUUAUAACCUUUUAACUUAAUUUAUUGUUAUCCCCCUUAAUUGAGAAUGCCUUAUAUUCCUUAAUAUUUUUUGACUACCCCUAUACUACAAUACGGUGUGGCAAGUUAAGAAACUUUGCUUUCGAAAUCUUAAGAAAUCUAAUCCAAGAAUCCAAAUUGA